AGGAGAAAUAGGUGGUGUUGGAUCGCCAGGACAUGGCAGUUCCUGGAGACGCGUGCAUUUAAGCGUGACCCACGGUAACAGGUAUAGCGAGACAGCAGUAGCGCUAUCACACAGUUAUUGACCGCGCUUUCGGAAUACUGCGUUGUUGACCAGUGACUCACAAAAGGACUAACUGUGGACAUUAACGAGGGACAUAGCCAGGUUAUGUGCGCCUAAUAUCAACACAUUUUCUGAUGAUUGUCAUACUGAACUGUUAUCAAGGUUGCACCACUAAGCCACCCAUCUUCUAUAAAGGCACAUACACGGUUGGCAUCACUGGUGUUUAAGUCAUGCGGAAGUGGAAUCAUGUGUUAUUCCUCACCGCUGUGUUUGUGGUGACUGGACUCCUUGUCUUCACUACCUGGGAACCUGAGCAGUUCAUGGUCAUCCUGGACGCAGGCUAUUCGAACUUCACUUAUCACUCUUCUCUCCAUCCAAAUGGUUCAAAUGCCGAGUACAAAAACAAUUUGGACGAAAUGGUGCGAGGAACGUGGACACCGAGGAACGUGACGUUUGAAGAAAGAGAGAAAGUUGAAAGAUUCUUGAUAGCUUCCAGAGGAAAGUAUUUCGUACCAACAACCUUGGCACGCCCCGAUGGUGUUUGUGGAAAUACAACUUUUGACUUUCUGAAAGGCCUACAACACCAGGCUCUGUGGUUCCGACCCCUGUGUGAUCCGUUUGGUCCAACACCAUGUUGCUAUAACAACAAGUGCGUGUACAAGACAGUGAAGGAAUGUAUGUGUGAGAGGUGUUUUGACAUGCGCAGGCCUAUUAAUGCUGAACUUGCUGAUUGGAAACCAUCCAACCCCAAUUGUCACAUCUCAAUGUUGAACAAAGAUGAAGCGUGUGAACUAAUUAAAGGGGCUACUAUCUACUACAUCGGGGACUCGUUCUUGAGGCAGAUGUACACAGUUACUGUCCAAAUCCUCACUGACAACUAUAAGGACUCCAUUUUAAAGUCUACAACACCAAAAGGGUGGCGGGAGUACUGUUCAGGGUGGAUGCAGCUACUGUGCGACUACUACUUAAACUACGCCGCUCCCGUGUGUGGCGGCCAGACCAACGUCAUCCAUGUUCAACUCAUCACACACGAUCAAGGCCCAAGAUUACUCAGCUUACUGAAAAGUAAAAAGAACCAGAAGUCUAUUUUCUUUGUGGGCAUUGGUAUCCACGGGACCUAUAAUGAACAGCUGGUCUGGAAGAACUUUCUUUCUCCAUCAAUCAACUUUCUACACGAAAACGCAAGAAAUAAGAUAGCAUGGCCGAAACUGAUGUGGGUUUCCCCCCACGCUCCCGGAAUACUGAAAACACCACGGGUUCCAGGCCAGAGUUACAGCAGCGUUGUCAGAUAUAACGCCUUCAUCAACAGCCAUGUCAGAGCAGCUGGGAUACCAAUACUGGACACCUUCAACAUGACAGACGGCAUCAUGAGCUACGAUGGGGCACACUACGGGUUCGGAAUUAACAUGAUCAAAUCUCAGAUUGUGUUUAACUACCUUACACAUCUGCGGGCACAUGGCAUAUGGUGACUCAGCAUGAGAAAGUGUGAGUGUGUGCCGGCAUGUGGCAUGUGAUGCAUAUUUAAGCAAUAGUUGGACAUUGAGGGAUGGGGUGGGUGAGUUAGAAAGUCCUAUUUUCUUUUUUUUAUGUUUUAUAUACUUAUAUCUUUUCAUUUGUUGUUGAGGAGUCAGGGUGCCGAUUUGUCUAAACUGUUUAUAUCUGAAUUUGUAAGACGUUUGGAAUCGGCUUAUGAACAGGACUAGCACACUCAGCCAAUGUUGGAAGCUCAAAGAUGCAACAUUAUGCUCUUUUUAAAUCUACCUUCACUGUGGAAUAUUAUCUAUCACUUGCCAAUUUUGAUAAAUUUGGAUCGACAAUGGCUCGAUUCCGCUGUAGCUCCCAUGCUUUACCUGUGGAAACAGGUAGAUACAAUACUACUCCCAGAGACCAGAGGUUUUUGAAAGACAUGUUCCAUGGCCUAUGUGGGGGACGAAUAUCACUUCUUGUUAAUUUGUCCAGAAGAGUUUCUUGUCCAUCCCACGUUAUCUAAAUUUUAAUAUUCUAAUGUCAAACCGAGAAAAAUUAGAAAUACAGCCAUGUUUGUACAUCAAGCAUUGACUUACUGUUUGGUCGUACUGUCUUCUGUCUUUAUUAUGUUUAUUCAGCAAGGUUCCGUAUGCCAUCGGCCCAUGUCACAGCAGUUGUACAUCAGCCAUUAUUGUAAUUGAAAUUUACAUCAGCAGUUUUGUUAUUUUGUUGCAUAGACUUAUGAAUAUACAUAGCCAAAUUUCUUAUGAAAUUACAUUUAUCAUUUGAAAUCAAGACAUUGAAUUUAUGUAAUGUGGGACAUACAUUGUAGUUUCUUGGAAUGUACUGUUCACGCAAUUCGGCAUACACCGUGCAUACAAACAAGAAAUGAUGCUCAUCCUCAACGAAACCGUUUUAACAAAUGUUGCAAAACCUUUCAUUUCUUGGAACAUUUGCAUAUCUGCAAGUCUCAAUUUUCAGUUGGUGAGAGCUACAUCUGAACUUUUCUAAAGCUAUACGAAACUUAUGGAUAGAAAUAUACUUAAUAUAAUACUCUUGACACACUAUAGGUUUAUACAUAGAACAAUUGAAUGUUUUUGCACCAGGUGACAAGGAUGCAUGCCGGUCUUGCUGAUAAAUACAUUUUGCUCUUAUCAUAAAUUCUAAUAAAAAUGAUUGAAUACUA